UAUCAAGGCUCUCCGGUAAUUCCAGAUGCACUGAACAAGUUGUCGUGCUGUCAUUCUUUAUUUGUCGCCGAUGUUUGCUUCAUUUUACAAACUUUUCCGAUGCUAACAAAAAUGAAACAUCCUUUACAAACACAACCGGUCAACUAACUGACAAAAUUGAUAUGGCUACAUGGAGUUUUUAAGAGGCGUGUCUGCAGGUGGACUGGUCCACGUUAAAGAGAAAGCUUGUUCUCCUGCUUUUAGGCAAAGUUUCAUUCUGAAUUUGAGUGUCUUCCACGAUGAAGAGUGCACAUUUGUGUCUGUGGCUGCUCGUUUUAUCCACCGUUACUGAACUUGUUAGCGCCUUUGACCCGUUUUCCACAGCUUGGAGCAGUAUAAUUUCCAAUUUUUUUUACAAAGGCUGUGAAGACAAAUUGGUUGCCUUUAAUUCCUCUGGCCUGGAAGACAGCCUGCAGACUAAACUGUUCGGGCAACAUAUCGCGUCAAAAAUCAUCCUGAAGACGGUGAGCGGCUUCAUGAACAACGACAACCCCAAGAAGCCGCUGGUGCUCUCCCUGCACGGUUCUAGCGGCACCGGCAAGAACUUAGUCAGCUCGCUCAUCGCCGAGAACCUCUACAAGGAGGGAAUGAACAGCGACUUUGUUCACAUCUUUAUGUCAGAUAUACACUUUCCCCACGUCUCUCAGGUGGACACCUACAAGACUCAGCUGCAGCAGUGGAUUAAAGGCAACGUCAGCAGCUGUGCUCAGUCAAUGUUCAUCUUUGACGAGAUGGACAAAAUGCACCCGGGACUGAUUGACAGCAUCAGGCCGUACCUGGAGCACUACGACAAGUUGGAUGGCAUCUCCUACCGCAAAGCCAUCUUCAUCUUUCUCAGCAACGCUGAAGGCAGCAGCCUCACAGAGACUGCUUUAAAGUUCCGAAACGCGGGUCGGAAACGGGAGGAGAUGGAGCUGAAAGACGUGGAGAAGUUGCUCCUUCUGUCUGCGUUCAACAAUGACAAUAGCGGUCUGUGGCACACAAGCCUCAUCGAAAAGAACCUAGUGGACUUCUUCGUCCCCUUCCUGCCGCUGGAGUACAGUCACGUGAUAGAGUGCACCAUGGCUGCCAUGAAGGCGCAAGGCUUACAGCUCGACAUCUACAUCGCUGACAAGUUGGCAACCGAUAUGGUCUACUUCCCCGAAUCUGAGCCUGUCUUCUCUAAACAAGGCUGCAAGACCAUCGGAAGUAGGCUGCACUUCUACAUGGAAGAUGUCUAACAAACAACAGCAGGAAGGUGGAGUGAGCGAGAAGCUGUCUGAACUUUUGAUGGCACUGAAUGAAUGUUGAUGUCCUCCAAAAAUGGUGCAGCUUUUUUUCCUACAUUUUUAAACAAAUGUCUUCUUAAAAAGUUACAAAUAGGGAUUUAAAUGUCACAGUACAAUAUUAUCACGGUAUUAAGGCCACGGUACAAUAUUAUUGCGGCAUAUUCCACCCCAAAAAAGCUUGGUAAAAAUGCCAUAAGGUGUAAAAUGAAGUGUCAGGAAUGUUUAGGAUAAACACACUUACUGUAGUUGAACACAAACAUAAUUCUCUAAUCAUAUUUAUUACUACAAACAUGACUUUUAAGUGUAAAUAAUUGGGCAGGAACAUUUACUGUUUCAGGCAAAUAUUUAAAAGAAUAACUUGCAGUCUCUGUCGCCUUGGAAAUGCUUGAAUCAAAAGUGGUGCGCUUCCUUUUGCAGACCGCAGACUAUCUUUUCUCCGCCAAAGAGGUUAUGUUUUCACCGUGACCAUGGUUUGUCUUUUAGCAACAUAACUCAAAAAGUUAUGGAUGGAUUUUAAUGAAAACUUCAGGAAAUGUCCAAAAAAAAAACCAAUCCUUUCUCUCCCCUUUACGACCUCCCACACACGCGCUACGCAGGGGAUUUUGGGAGUUGUAGUUUACAUCCAAACUGACCAAUUCAAAAGUGCCAGCAAAAAACUACACCAACCAAGUUUUCAUUUUGUACCGUAUCACGUCACAAUAUUCUUGUGAUGAUUUUUUUUACUGAAAUACCGCGAUAUUUAUAAAACCGUUAC